CGCGUAGCCGGUUGCCAAGCACCGGUCGGUGGCGGCGAUGAGCAGCUCCAGUCCCUAUCGAGUCCCGGCUCUCACCUCUCCCAUUGACCGGCAGAGCGGAGAAUUCACUGCCUUGUACGAGAGAGAGCAGGCCCUGGAUCCAGGAAUUACUUUGUGUCUGAAAUCCGCUAGUAAAGUAAAGAAUGAAAAUAAUUUUGAUCCAGAAGAGCAAGUAGACACUGAAGGUUCCUUAAACUCCAAUGAUUUGUAUGGCAAGUCCAAUGAAGACUACUAUAAGAAAAUAGAGAAACUAAAAAAUGCUUAUAUUCAUACUAUGGCAAAGCUAGAGAAAUUGUACAGGAAUAAACUUCAUGUCAGAAAUGAUAUCAUUGAUUCAGAGGAUCUCCGUGGAACCCCAUUGUGUUACAGUUCAACUUGCAAACUGACUACAGAUAAAAAAAAAGAUGCUCAUCUUUCUUAUUCAACCUUGGAGGUUGAGGUGAAGAGCACUGCAUCCUUAAGCCUAUCUGACUCAUCCACUGAUGAUCAGGAAGUAUGUGUGGAAAAUUUCACAUCCCAUGGAAGGAAUCAAAUUCAGAGAAUGUGGGAUGGAUUUUCUGUGGAGAUGUAUACCUUGUAUGAUAAACCCCAGAGGCUUGGAAGUUCAAAUUUGCAGAAAGCAAAAAUAAUUAAAAAGGAGAAAAAACACUGGUCCCCAAAGAUAACAAUACCAGAGCCCUUCCAAAUGACCAUCAGAGAAGUUGAAAAGAAGCAGCAAAAAAAUCGAUCAAGAUCUGAAAUUGAAGUAGAGAAUUAUAUGCUAAGCAAACAAUUAGAAGAAGAAGUAGAAUGCCAGAAAAUUUUUCAUGCAAAUCCUGUACCAGCCCACACCUAUAUCCCACUAAUGGAAGAAAUAAUGGAAAGGAAUGAGGACAGAAGGAAAUUUGUUAAGGCAAGGAGCAAAGAGAUUCUACUGGCAAUACAGAAACCAUUUGCUUUUAUUGAAAGGGAGGAAAAAAAGAAAGAAGUUAGAAAAAUGCAAAUAAAGGAUCUUGAUCUUUUAGUAAAGAAAAGAACAACAUUUAAAGCAAAACCUGUCCCCAAGUAUCUUCAUGAUCAGAAGGUCAUUGACAGGAUUAAAGAGGAGGAGCUCUACAGAGCAAUAAGGAUGAAGGUGAGAGCUCAAGAAUUGUUAAAUAGUGCAUCCCUUCCUAAGAGCAUGCUUAGUAAUGCCACCUGUAAAAGAAGAAAAAGGGUGUGUUGUGAGCCAGAUAAGGAACUGAAAUUCAAACCCAAGAUUAAUGCCAAAGUUCCGGAUUUUGAGAUGUUGCACAGAAAAGCUCAGAGACAGCUCAUGAAAAGCAAGAUGAAAUUGACAACUAUAUGUGAACCCUUACAAAUGCAUACUUUGCAUGUUUUUUCUAAUGGAAAGUUUACGGAUGAUACAAUAGAAGAUGAAACUGAGUUGAAAGAGGUGCACUGGCCUUUUAUGUCAAGCAGCAAGCAGUCAAGAUCACACAGCAGUGUAAAUUCAACUCCAUCAGGAUCUUUGGAUUUGGAAAUUAUAAGAAGCACGGAAGAAUCAAAGAAGAAAAAAGCUAUUGGAAAUCGUGAAAGAAAACAGACAAAAUGCUAUCUUUUAGAGUUUAAAGAGAUGAAGGAAAGAGAAAACACAAGGCCUUUGCUCCAAAAGGUGCUGACACAGAUAAAUGCUAGAAGAUCAGCAGAGAAAUAUACUGCAGCACAAAAAGAACGAGGAUUGAAGGAAGAUUUUGUUUUCCAGCGAGGUCAUUUAGCUUUGCAUUCAAAUAAUCGAGAGUCUGUGAAAAAUGAAGACAACAACUGUAUAAAAGAAGAAAGUUCUCAAGAGGAAGAUUAUGGACUUGACUUUGAAGAUAAUAAUGAAGAUGAGGAGUCAAGGGUUGCAGAAGAAAAUCAAGACAGAAUGUGAAGUUCAGUGACUGUAAAGUGGCA